UGUUUCCAAUGCAGUCAAAGGUGGCUUCUCGUGGCCAUGCUGUCACAAACGCAACUCGCUUCGGGUCGGUGGUGGGCGGCGCUCUUAUGGACUCUACUCACUCUAGGAGGUGCAAACGCUGCGGACAAAUGCACGACUCGCCGAUGUCUGGCGAAUGAGCUCGUCAACAAAAAAUUGAUAACGCAGCCGCAGCGUAACAAUUGCUCCGAGUACAUAUACGUGUCAUCGAUUGCGUAUCAGACCCUCAAAGUUGACACAAAGAAUCUUCGUUUAGGUUGUCGUCUACAGGCCACAAUUGAAUGGACCGACGACGACUUGUACUGGGACCCGUCCGUUUACCCGUAUGACGAGGUCAUCCUGCCCGUAAGCAAAGUCUGGAGCCCGGACAUAUUUGUGACCAAUGGCAUAUCGGCAAGCACGCACAACAGCUUCCGUGACUUGAUCGUGUUCAGCAACGGCACCUUGAGGCACAGUGUGGUGAUGGCGGCCGAGGUCAACUGUGAGUUUAACCUCUUCAACUACCCGUUCGCUGAGGACCAAUGUCCCGUGGCCAUCCAGACCUGGUCCACUCAAGGCUGCGGUACAACCAUGGAAAUUGGCAAAGUGGAGGUGUUCGACGGGAGCCAUGGAGACUGGGAGACGUUGGGCGCGUACCUCCACUCAUCUGAUAACAAAUAUUAUAUCUCGGUGGUGUUGAAGAUCCGGCAGCAGAACCCGUUCAUCACGCUGCUGCUGCCCAGCAUUCUGAUCAUCCUGGCCGACAUGGUGAGCUUCGCCCUGCCGCUGGGUUGCGGCGAGCGCAACUGCUUCAAGGUCACCCUGGUGCUCAGCUUCACCAUGUUCCUGCUCAUCCUCAACGACCAGCUGCCCGGCGACAGCGAGUGCAGCCCCGUGAUAAAAAACCACUUCUGCGUGUGCCUGGUGAUGCUGGUGGUGAGCAUGCUGGUGUCCAUGGUGCUCACGCGGGUGGCCAAGGAUGGAGGCCUCAUCUUCUGCUGCUCUUCCAGGCGAGCAAAGACCGCAAACAAGCCAGAGGGAGCUGAUCAGGAAGUCACAGCGGACAUCAGCGUCAUCCGGCUGGACGACCCCGAGGAAAAUCGGAUGCACCGAAAGGUGACCGACUUCCUGGACGCCAUCAAAGCCAAGGAAGCGGAUUGCGAGCGCAACGAGGCGUUCGCCGACACGAUCGACAAAACCUUUUUCUGGUUCUAUUUCAUUCUGGGCACCUUGUACUUUUGCGCUAUGAUCACGGUGAUGGUGAAAUACGAAUGCAACGUCAACCACUUGGAUUUCUGGUGAACGGCGGUCCGUCCUGGGAAGUAACCCAGUCCAAAUACGUUGUUGCGGUACUUAAGAUUUUUCAGGUAUCUAUACUUGACACGUCUACUCCUUACAUUUGAAAACAUGUGUGUCCUUUAUACUACUUGCUUUGUUUUUCAACCUCCACAGAUGAUGACACAACGCACAAAAACAAACAAAACAAAACAAAGGAAUUAGAGAGGUAAAAAUCAACCCUGGUUGAUGAGAUUCUAAUCAAUUGAAAUCUUGAGGUCGCAACCGAUUCGGUAGUUGGGAACGAGAAUGAUUGGUGGUGAACGUUCCAAAAACAUUCUCGGGUUCAAAAAUUCUCACAACAAAAUCCGUUCACACAAGGUGUAUUUAUUUAUUUUUUUUCUGUUGUCAUUCGCUAAAUUUGCAGUUUUUGUUACUGGAAUCACCAACGCUAGCUACCUAGCUAGCUAGCUUAAACCACAACAUGCGACGUGACGUGAUCAUUUUCUUCUUCUUCCCAGUCUGCACACUAUCAAAACAAGCAUUUAUAUGUAGCAGUGAAAAUUGAUUUAGCAUAAUUACAUUUCACAGUGUGUACUUUUUACAACGUGGAGGAUUGAAUCAGUACGUCUAAUACUACCGUCGUUUUUUUUGUUUUAUAGACGAGUACUUUUGCCACGUGUGGUAAAGUUAUUGAGCGACACUCAAAUGCAUGAAUACCAUUUAUUGCAACACCUAUAGUAACGCUGCACAUUUUAUUCUUCCAUUAAACGUAUUGUAUUAAUAAAAGAAAACAAGUUUUCU